AUGAGCGGCAUGGGCAAGACCACUUACGGCGGAUUCAUCAAGGACCACCUGCUGAACGCGCUUGGAGAUCCUUCUUUCACCUACAACUACGCGGGCACGGCCGGAGCUUUGUCGCAGGAGCAGCGCCAGGAACUUACCGACCUGAUCCAACACCGCACCGAGCACGUCUUUGUGGAAUUCAACGGAAAAGGAGAUGGCAUCACCAUCGAGGAUCAUCUACGAGAUCACCAAUGGCUCGCCAAUCGACUCGCAGUGCGUGGCUUACUCAACAAGGCCACAGUCGAUGCACGAGCGGCCGGAGACCUCAAGAUGUUCGGCUCAUUCACAAUCGAUACUGUCAUUCGGGAACUUUGGCGCAGACAGCGAGCUGAGAAACAGAUCCCUCCCGACGAGAACGCGUUGCUCAUCAUCCACAUCGACGAGCACCAGCUGGCGCGAGAGUCCUUCAAGAUCUAUGAGCCCGUCGACAACACAGUCGAAGAGACGCACGAAAAGCGCGUCUCGAGAGCGAUGCGGGACGCAUUCACGGCGAUUGUGACUUGCAAUCAAGCUCUAGGAGUCAAAGACGCUGUUGUCCUUCUCUUGACCGGAACUUCGCGCUCCAGCUUGGACGAUCUUCCGAUCACUCAAAGCCGCGCGGAGCUCGAGGGCAGCGUACAAACUGUGUUGCGUGAGAUGGUACUCUGCGUGCAGACCAAAGUGAAGAACUACUUGGCAACUUUAUCCGAUUUCCGGCGAGCUGACGAGAACGUGCUUCAGCUCGUUGACUUACUCAUGGCUCAACAUCCUGUCAGGCCGACGACAUCGAUUGGUGGAUUCACGCUGGACACGCUUGCUUACCAAGGAUUUCUCACUCUGGCACCUUCGUCCGACCCGGAGUGUGUGCUUGUUGGCUGUCCGAUUCCGAUUGUCAGUGCAAUGAUUCACAAAGUCGACCCCACCACCGCAGCCUUCGCAGCCGCCUCGAGCAAGGCCGCCGCAGCCUUCGCUGCCGCCACGGUCACCGCUGUCUCAGCAUCUCCCGCGGCCAUCGCGGGUACCACAGCCGACUCAGUCACCGCAUCCACCGCGGCCACCGCUACCACAGUCGACUUGGUCACCGCUGUCACCGCUGUCACCGUGUCCACCGCGGUUACCACAGCCGACUUUAGACCAUAUCCUCUCGCCGCUGGCAAGGCUCAGAGGCUGUUUGUCACUCCUUUUGAUCACAAGGGUGAGGGAUUCCUGUUUGAGCUGACCGUGCUCUUGUCGCAGACUGCUCGACUUCGCCUGCUGCCUCGUGCAAGCUGCACAGUGCAAGACCUCUUGGGAGUCGGAUCUCUUUUCUGUGGCUGGGCUUCGGAUCGUUCACUCUUUGCCCGCUUUUCACCACCUGCGCAGCUUGAGCCGAUCAUCGAGACAUCCAACUCUGUUCUCGAGCCCUCUCGUGCUGUCGAAGGAGUUGAUGCCUGGACGGGCCUCUCCUGCACCUUCCCACCGCUAAGCGAACUCGCUUCUAGUGCACAUCGCCGCUGUCCUGUCGCUCUUACUGCACCACGCACUUUCGGUGUUGACAUGUGGACUGUCCUCCCUCCUCCUGCGUCGCAGCCUCUGCAGAAACCACUUCUGAUUAUGUACCAGCUCAAGCACCAGCGCACAGUUGGAAAAGGCGACCUGUCCGACUGGGCCCCGAAGGCGUUCCAGUCAUUGAAUGCGAUGUCUGCAGUCAAAGAGCACUAUGACCUUCUCCUUGUCUUCAUGGUGAGUGGCAGUGCCAGCACCGCCCAAGAUCCGCAGACUGUUCUGGCCGCCAAUCAAGCAUGGGCGCGAUCGCUGGCAACCUUGCAAGAGCCUUCCAAUGGCGUUCAACCGGCCCCAGACCCUCGCGUGAUUGUAUUGAUUGGCGCUGAUGUGUUCCGCGCUGUUCCGUUCCUCAAUUCGCGUCUUCCCGAUCCGCCAGCGAUCGCGACGGAAACGACGACAACGGAUUUUUGA